AUGGACAAACAAACUUUUAGAGCACUAAACAACUGCUUUAUAAACAAUACUAAAUUGGUUCAAACACUUCAACAACUUUACCCACCAAUAGAAAGAAAUAUGUUACAAUUAUGGAUUGAUAAAUUAACAGAAACAAACAGUAGCCUGGAAAAAAUAGUCAUAAGAAACGAUUAUAUGUGGUUUAUAUUACUUAUGUUACAAAAGAAAAAAAUUAGAAAGCCAUUCAAUCAAUUGCCUCCUAGUGAAAUUUUGCCUUUAAAUGAAGUCAUUGUACCUACGGGAAUUAACAUCUCCAAAUCAACGGUUCGCAUAAGAUUGCACGAAACGGGAGGCAAGGGUGGCUUUUGGAGGUGGAGGAGUGACUGUUUGGGUGGAAUGGCGAUAAAUGGAAAGAGUGAAUGCUGA